AUGUGACAGCAUUAUUCAAGUGAUAGGGGAUCCGUUUAAAAGCUAGAUAGGAGAAACGAUGUAGCUAUCAUACACAGCUAUAUUAAGGACUACAGUAUCUAUAUACACCUCAUUAAUGUGUCACUCCACGAUGCUGAAGCUCUGUCUCCGAAUUCUGGUCUUGGUGGGUUUGGCGGCCUGCAAGACCCCUCCAGAAGCUGGAAAUAUAACCCUAGCACGCAGUCAGGAUGCCACAGUCGACAGAUAUGCCUGCGGACCCGAACAGACGCUCCCUGCCAGCCGCGUGGACACCACAGAACGUCUCCAUCGUCUACGACAGAAGAUGAUUCAGGCAAACUUAUCUGCAUACAUCAUUACGUCUGGUGAUGACCACCAGAGCGAGUACGUCGCCAGCCACGAUCUGCGUCGUGGUUACAUAUCUGGGUUUAGUGGAAGCGCCGGUGAUGCUGUGAUCACCCUGGACAGUGCCGCGCUUUGGACAGACAGUCGUUAUUAUCUGCAAGCUGAAAAUCAGCUCGACUGUAAUUGGAUCCUCAUGAAGUCUGGCUAUAGCGACGUUCCGAGCAUACAAGAAUGGUUACUGUCGCAAAUACAUCCUGGAGACCUUAUUUCGGCUGACCCCAGAAUUAUUUCAUAUACAGAAUGGACUAAUUGGGAUAAUUUUUUCUCAAAAGCAGGAUUGAAGCUGGAGCUUUACCUAGAUAACCUGGUGGAUAAGAUCUGGGGUUCUGAAGAAGGACGUCCUCCUUAUCCUUCUGACCCUCUCUUCAUAUUAGACACUGCAUAUGCAGGAUUAUCAUGGCAGGAGAAAAUUGCUGCGGUUCGUCAAUCUAUAGACAGUAACAAAUCCAGUGUCCUUGUAUUAACGGCCCUGGAUGAAAUUGCAUGGUUGCUGAAUCUAAGAGGAGCUGAUGUUCCAUUUACGCCUGUAUUCCAAUCAUACUUGAUAGUUGGAACAACAUGGGCAACACUAUAUCUACCACCAGGGAAGUCUACAGCAGAAGUUGUAGCACACCUAAAUGCCAAUGGCAAUAAUGAAGCAAAUAGUGUCAGGAUUAAAAAUUACACAGAUAUAUGGAAUGAUCUCCAAUAUUUCAAUGAAGAUGGAGACAGAGUCUGGCUGCCAUAUCCUUUUAGUUACGCACGAGGUGCAAGCUACUUGAUAUACAAAAUGGUGCCGGAAGGAAAGGCAGUGUUUUCUGUAUCACCAGUUUUAUUGAUGAAAGACCGCAAGAGUGAUAUAGAAGCUAAGGGAAUGCAGAAUGCACACAUUCGAGAUGCAGUGGCUCUGUGCCAAUUUUUAAGUAUUCUAGAAGAAGGGGUAGCAGCAGGAGAAAUAUGGGAUGAGUUGUCUGCUGUCAGUACCUUACAACUAUUACGGACUGCACAAUCACUGAGUCUUGGACCCAGUUUUGGUACUAUUGCUGCAUUUGGUCCCAAUGCUGCACUUCCACAUUAUGAACCCACAUUUGAAACAAACAGAGUUAUUGAUGAUACUAGUGUGUUUAUGCUAGACUCAGGAGGGCAAUACUUAGAUGGUACCACUGAUGUUACACGCACAAUACACCUUGGAACACCUACAAACAUAGAACGUGAAAUCUAUACCAACUUACUAAUGGGAUGCAUUGAUAUUGCUUCUACUAUAUUCCCUGAGGGUCAGACACUCUCAUCACUGGAGAUCUUGAUUAGGGCACCUUUAUACAGCCUUGGAUUGAAUUAUGGUCAUGGCAGUACUCAUGGCAUUGGUUUUUGUCUUGCUGUUCAUGAAGCUUUCAACACAACCUACCACGAACAUUUCUUUGGAUCCCAAGAACCAGGAUACUACCAAGACAAUGAAUUUGGAAUCAGGCUGGAGAACAUAGUAACUGUUGUGAAAGCAAAUGUUACACUGGGCAGUGAUCCAAAUUACCUGACUUUCAAACCAGUGACUCUGGUUCCCUAUGACAGUAACCUCAUUAACCCAGACAUCAUGAGUAAGAAGCAGCUCCUGUGGUUAAAUGAUUAUCAUGCCAAGGUCCGUGAGAUUAUUGGGACAGAAAUGUUAUGGCAGGGUCUCACUAAUGCUUACGAAUGGCUUCUUCGUAAAACUGAGCCAAUACUAACAUAAUAUUUCUUCUGAGAGCUGUAUACCACAACUGAAAAAUGGCUGAAUAUAUCACAUUUUUCCAUGAUAGCAGUAUAUCUUCAUUUAAAAAUUGGGUGAACUGUCAUAUUUCUUUAAACAGUGAACUAUAUUGUGUUUCAAUAAAUGAAGACUGCAAACUUGUCAUACCACAUAAGAUAAAGGUCAAGUUUGCAUCUUUCAAUAAAGUAAUUGUUAAUUAUA